AUGGGUGGUACGGUAAGUUGUUGAAAAUUUCAACACAAAACGAAGACCUCCUUCUAUUCCUCCUUUUUCAUCCAACGUUAGAUAAAACGUUGGAUAAAAAAAAGAAAAAAUAUUACCCAACUAUCCCCCUUUGUAACACCAUUACUACUUCAGGUGGACGAUAAUGAGAGUGACCGUCACAUCUUCCAAUUGGGUAUUUGCUUUCUACUCGGAUGGAUGCUGGUCAUUAUUCUCUGUGCAUCGCCCCAGGUUCGUUUUAGUCUUGCCAAUAAAUCAAAUGACGUAAGACUUACGUCAAUUCUCUUUGGCAUGGCGCAGAUUGUUUGGUGGUCCCACUUCGUACUCCCUGAAAAACGUAUAUUAUCUUUCGUUGGAGUAUAACGAAAUAUGUUUUUCUGCAGGUCGAAUUUUUUGCUCAUAAUCUACCAAAUAACCAGCAAAAGAUCUAAAAGGAUAGCUAAACAAUUCAAAUAGCCCAAAAAUCUCAUAAUUAUUCGAAUACUUUUCGGUUUACAAUUCAACUCUUUGGUUGGCCAUUUAGUCGAUCAUAAACAAACGUUCGACCUGUCCGAAAGACCUAUUAGCAUUUUCACAAAGUGCCUGGACAUCAUUUCGCUUUCGCACAGUGCAUCUUGAACUUUUGUCGCCAACGCACUGCGGAUUUUUGCUUUUUCGCACCGUGCAAACCUCAAAAAAAGCCGAUUGCACUGUGCACAUUUUUGAUCAAAAUCGCAGCGGCGCAGUUGAGAAAAGCUUACGUCGCAGCGAUAUUUCAAAUGCACAGUGCAAAAUCAAAAAAAGGUGAGUGCACGGUGCACGUCAAACUGAGGAGUCCGGUGACCGGAAUAGACUCUUCGCUAUCGGUUUUUUACACUUCGUCUUGAUUUCGCAGAGAAAGAGAGAAAAAAGACACGCAAAAACGUACUCUCUCGCCCCAAAAAUUCCCCAUUUCUCCCCCGACAAAACGUUUUUUUGCGUAUUUCUUGCCAAGUUUCCAACCCAUUCAUCGGACUGUUUUAGCUUAUCUCAGUUUGACGUGCGGUGCGCAUUUUUGUGGACCUCGACAAAUGUCCAGGCACUUUGUGAAAAUGCUAAUAAACACACAAUGAAAAUUUUUCUGCCCUUUUGCUAACACAUUUAUUUUUUUUUCAAUUUCAGUUGUUCCGCGACUUAAUUCUCCGCCACAUCUUUUGCUGGUGUCAUAGCCCCAAUGAAAAGACAGUCGCGCUGGAAAACGGGCUGCAGAACUUUAUUGUGGAACCAAUGGCGGAGAAGCCAUCUCUUCUAAUACUACAACAAGUAAUGGGCAUGAAAGGGCUCGAGGCGAUCAGUCAGGCAAAGAAAUCGACAAUCGAGAUCAUACCCGAGGUACGGUAAAAUAUACAAAAAAGCCCCCGUAACUUGUAAUUAAUCUUAAAAAUUCGUAUUUCAGGAAAACCUAUCACAAAGCCGAGAAGCGUUGGAUACAACGUCAUCGGUGGAGAGAGCGCAAUAA